CCGGUGCUGAGCGCCAGCAGCAUGAACCCCGCGGUGCGGCGCGUGGAGUACGCCGUGCGGGGCCCCAUCGUCACCCGCGCCCUGCAGCUGGAGCAGGAGCUGCGGCAGGGCGUCCCCAAGCCCUUCACCGAGGUGAUCAAGGCCAACAUCGGCGACGCCCACGCCAUGGGGCAGAAACCCAUCACCUUCCUCCGCCAGGUGGCGGCGCUGUGCGUGUGCCCCGAGCUCCUGCGCCACGACGCCUUCCCCGAGGACGCCAAGGCGAGGGCGCGGCGGCUGCUGGACGCCUGCGCGGGGCAGAGCGCCGGUGCCUACAGCGCCAGCCCCGGCAUCGAGGCCAUCCGCCAGGACGUGGCGCGGUUCCUGGAGCGCCGCGACGGCGUCCCCGCGCGUCCCCAGGACAUCUUCCUGGCCACCGGCGCCAGCGACGCCAUCGUGAGCAUCCUGAAGCUGCUGGUGGCCGGCGAGGGCGGUGCGCGCACGGGGGUGCUGGUGCCGGUGCCGCAGUACCCGCUGUACUCGGCGGCGCUGGCGGAGCUGGGCGCGGUGCAGCUGGGCUACCUGCUGGCCGAGGAGCGCACCUGGGCGCUGGACCCCGCCGAGCUGCGCCGCGUGCUGGACGAGGGCCGCCGCCGCUGCUGCCCCCGCGCCCUCUGCGUCAUCAACCCCGGCAACCCCACCGGGCAGGUGCAGAGCCGCGAGUGCAUCGAGGCCGUCAUCAAGUUUGCCUACGAGGAGCGUCUCUUCCUGCUGGCCGACGAGGUCUACCAGGAUAACGUGUACGCCGAGGGCGCCACCUUCCACUCCUUCAAGAAGGUGCUGGCCCAGCUGGGGCCGCCCUAUGCCAACACCGUGGAGCUCGCCUCCUUCCACUCCAUCUCCAAGGGCUUCGCCGGCGAGUGUGGGUUCCGUGGUGGGUACGUGGAGGUGGUGAACAUGGACCCCGAGGUGCAGCAGCAGCUGGCCAAGCUCGUGUCGGUGCGGCUCUGCCCCCCCGUGGCUGGGCAGAUCCUGCUGGAUGCCGUCGUCAACCCCCCGCAGCCAGGGGAGCCCUCGUAUGAGGGAUUCAUGGCGGAGAAGCAGGCCGUGCUGAGCGCUCUGGCGCAGAAGGCGAAGCUCACCCAGGAGAUUUUCAACCGCACGCCCGGCAUCCGCUGCAACCCGGUGCAGGGCGCCAUGUACGCCUUCCCCCGCAUUGAGCUGCCGCCCCGUGCCCUGCAGGCGGCACAGGCGCAGGGCCAGGCCCCCGACAUGUUCUUCUGCAUGCGGCUGUUGGAGGAAACCGGGAUCUGCGUGGUGCCCGGCUCCGGGUUCGGGCAGAAGGAGGGCACCUUCCACUUCAGGAUGACCAUCCUGCCGCCCGCAGACAAGCUGCAGGUCCUGCUGCAGAAGCUCAGCGCCUUCUACACCAAGUUCGUCAAGGAGUUCUCCUAA